CGCCAUUGCUCGCGCCAAAUCUCCCCAACGAGAGAGACGAAGAGAGAUCGGAGAAGAGCGGGAGCGAGAGGGAGGAUGGUGGGGCCGCAGUACGACCUCGUCGGAAACCCCCUGGGAGCGGUGCGCUCCACCUUCGAGAGGGCGGCGGUGGCGGCCGCCGCCGAGUCCGGGGGCCACGAGCCGGUGGCGGCGUUCCGGGGGAAGGACUGGGGCGCCGGCGAGCUGUUCCGCUCCUUCCUCUUCGAGCAAGGCGGCCUUGACAAGGUACCGGUGUUGGAUGAAUCAAAUCUUGGGUUGAUCAAACCGAAUACCCUUGUUCGGUUCCGGGGGAUGGUUCAGGACAUGCUUGGGAACGAAUUCUACGUUGGAGCUUUCAAGGAUGGCUCGACUUGGAGGACAAACAAAUUCUCUGAUUCCUCGCCGUUCUCAAUGCCACACCCUUGUGAUUCACAUCUCUGGGAGCGCCAUCUUUUCCACUGUGUACCUGUACCUGGACAGAAUUCUUGGACACAUGAGUCUUCCCCUGGUCCUGAUGUGCGCAGAAUGUCGAGCUGCUUGACAUCUGAACAAAGGGAGAAAAGGAAGAGGGGUGCAGAAAAUGAUGCCAUGGAGGUUUCAGAAAAUUGUAAUGGAGAAGCUUCAUGCACAAAGAAGCCGAAGGAUGAUGAUGCCCAGAUCUCGAAUAGUUCACCAGAAGUGUCAAUGAAUGAAGAACAUGUGCCUGAGAUGAAUGGGGGAGAUCAUCAUAUUCCCGGAAGCUCCUUUUCAUGUCUAGUGAAGGUAUAUGAUAUGGCUGAAAGUCAGGUGAAACUAAAUGAUGUUGCUGAGUUCAUAGGUGUAUAUACAUUUGACCCAGAACUUGCUUCACCUAGUGAUAAUUCGGAUGAUAUAAUGUUUGACCUUAUAGAAGAUGUAACUGCUCAACUACCUCCCAGUAAGGUUCCCCGUCUUCACUGUUUGGUAUGGAGAAGUUUAUCUGCUCAUGAUUUUUUAUCAAGGUCUCCUGCUGUUGAGCCUUCACCAAUCCUGCUAAAGGGUAUUCGGCAAUCUUUACUCUCGCAUCUUACUCUGGUAUUAGGGAACGAUGAACUGGCGGCUCAAUGUUUACUGUUGCAUCUUCUAUCCAGACUUCGCAAUAAGGUGGAUGUGGUUACAGUUGGCAGGCUCUCCAUGAAUUUCACUGGCUUUAACAGAGAGAGUGUUUCUGUAUUUGGAAACCAGCUAAAUAAUUUGAUCCAGAGGCUACUACCAUAUUCACAAACUAUUCCUCUGUCAAUCGAGUAUCUCAACACAGCCACACUUCAGCCUAGAAAGGACAACCACUCAGGAAGAUUGGUUACAGGAGUUUUGCAGUUACCCCAGGGCACUCACCUGACCUUUGAUGAGACUCUCUUACAGUCUGGAUCUUUGACAUCUAAAGGUGUUGAGAAUACUAUGCUGCUUAAGAACUUGAUGGAGUCACAGAUGGUCGAGUAUGAUUUUGAGUUCUACAAGUUGGAAAUGGCAACUGAUGUGCAGCUACUAACUCUCUCCGAGGGAAAAUCAAAUAUCCUACCUUCUGACUUGAUUGUGCCCUUCCGCCCAUCAUCUGUUCCUGCAGUUAAUGCAAGCUCUGAAGAACUUGAGAGUUGGAGAUGGUAUUUGGCCACAGUUAGGUCUUUUCCUCAGUCAACUGAAACCGAGACAUACCAGACGAUUCAAGAUGAAAUGGUCAAUGCCAUGCGUGAUGAUAGGAACUUGGGUUGUUCUGAACUUAGCAGAUGGCUAACAAUGGCACAGAUAACGGCAGCAAGCUUUGGUGAGACGAGUCUUUCUAUGGAGCACUGGCAGAUGGUGAAGGAACUGGAGAGGCUCAGAAAGGAGAGGCUGCAAUGAGAUGAGAUCACAGUAAAAUAUGCUUGUAAAAUCCACUUGUGACAGUGGUUCAAUGUUAUGUGUAUACUAGGGUCUAAAAUCAAAAUCAAGACGUGGAUCAGCAACAUAUGUUGUGAUCAUAUGAAUGCCAUUUGAUAAGUUAAUCAGGCUUGUGCUUCUGUUUGUCUCUUGCGCCCCCUCUCAAUUUGCCUUGCAGAUCCUGGCAUGUCAGCAAGU